GAGAGCGGGCCGUUGCCUGACGUCGGGGCCGAGCCGAGCUCUCUCCGCUGCCCCGGGGGCUGCCCCCCAGCUGGGCCUUCUUGUCUGGCCUGUGUCGGUCCAGGCCCUCCAAAACCCCGCAGGAGAAGGAGGCCCUGGGGCCGGGAGGCCAGCAGAGGCCAUGGUUCCUCCGCAGGAGGACGGCCGGGAAGAGGGCGUCUGCGCCAUCUGCCAGGAGCUCCUGAAGGAGGCUGUGAGCACCGAGUGUGGACACCGCUUCUGUCGAGGGUGCCUGGCUCGGCACGUGGCGAAGGCCUCGGCCUCCGGAGUCCUCUGCUGUCCCUUGUGCCGGAAGCCCUGUUCCGAGGGGGUGCUGGGGCCGGGCUACCUCUGCUCCAGCCACCAGAAGAAGGUGUGCUCUUUCUGUGAGGAGAGCAGACUUCUUGUGUGCAGGGAGUGCCUGGCGUCGCCUGAGCACCAGGGGCACAGUGAGCUGGCCGUUGAGGACGCGGUCAACCACUACAAGGAACGGCUCAGCCGCAGGAACAGGAGACUCCGAAGAGACCUGAGGGCGCUCUGCCUGCUCAGAGCGCAGGAGGAGGAGAAGCUGUGGGCAGUGCAGGCCCAGGUAGGCUGCGGGACCCACAGGCUGGGGGCUGAGCUGGAGAGCCAGUCGCAGAGCAGGAGGGAGCAGGAUGCCCCCCUGGAGCAGUGGCCAGACCCGCUGGAGGACACGCCGGCCCCGGGUGCCAGAAUCCCCGACGAGUCGCGGGCCAUAGCGCAGCUCCGCAGCCUGGUCGCAGCUCUGGACAAGACUGCCAAGGGACUGGGUGUGGACACGCUGAAGGAGGCCAGCGACUUACUGGACAGGAGCGCGCCACAGAAAUUAGAGGCUAUGUACCCCCAGCUGGAGAAAAGAACCCAGCUGUCCCCUCUGCCAUCCUCAGCGGCUCCGACCUGCCCAUUCCUGGGCCACCUUGCCUCAGACUCACCUUCACCUCCUGGCUCUCCCUCUCCCAGCCCAUCCAGCCCCCCACGAGGUCGGCCCAGGAUGUCCUCACCACCCGAACAUGAGCCCCUGAGCUCAUCCCCGCAGCUGGGACCCGAUGCCUGA